CACAAGCAAGAGUUGGCAGAAUUGAGGACAAACGCCGCGGAGGGCACGUGCAGGCUACCGAUCAUUGUAUUGUAGGCUUGUUGUCUUAAUGAUGCAUUUAUUGGCAUAUACUGAAAAAUCUUGAGUCAUCAUUAAUAACCAGACGUCCAGGGAGUUUAUUGUCAGUCUGGGUGGACCCAUAGACUUUUUUUUAACCUGGGAAUAUUUUACUCUGCAGGACUGAGGACCGUUGAUUGUGAUAACCAAAACAAAAAACAAAAAAAACAAAAAAACGUUUUUGUUACCCAUAGCUAAGCCGCGAUGGAGGUCAGUGCUGAAAAUUUGAAGACACCCUCUGACGAAAGAGAUUGUGCUCUGAGACCCUUAAAUGUCAAGGUGGUCGCCGACAAGAGCGUGGACGCAGAGGCGCAGAGACCCACAUGGAGUGGGCGGCUGGAGUUCAUCCUGGCAUCGGUGGGCUACGCGGUGGGACUGGGCAAUAUCUGGAGAUUUCCCUACCUGUGCUACAGAAGCGGUGGAGGUGCUUUUAUGGUCCCUUAUUUCAUCAUGGUGCUCCUGUGUGGCAUUCCUCUGCUCUUCAUGGAGUUUUCUGUCGGGCAGUACACUCGUGUAGGGCCAGUACAUGCUUUCGCCAAAAUCUGUCCCUUGUUAAAAGGUGUUGGUCUGGCCACAGUUGUUAUCUCCUUCGUGUUCUCCACCUACUACAAUGUGAUCAUGAGCUGGGCACUUUACUAUUUCUUCAGCUCAUUUGGAAAGACUCUGCCCUGGAUGUCCUGCAACAACACCUGGAAUCUUGUCGAAAACUGUUCCAGUGGUUUCCCGGGCAACGCCACCCACCUGCAGUCUGCCAGCCAGCAGUUCUUUGAUCAGAAACUUCUGCAGAAAACCAAUGGCAUUGAAGACGUUGGUGGCCUUCACUGGGAACUCUUUGGCUAUCUCAUUAUUUCCUGGGUCAUCGUGUAUUUAUGCAUAUUUAAAGGAGUCAAAUCCACUGGCAAGGUUGUGUAUUUCACCGCCGUAUUUCCAUACUUCAUUCUGUUUGCCCUGCUCAUUAAUAAUGUGCAGCUUCCCGGAGCCAAGGACGGUAUCUACUACUUUGUGACACCUGUCUGGAGCAAACUGUUUGAAGUUAAGGUUUGGGUUAAUGCGGCUGCCCAGGUUUUUAACUCCAUUGGAAUAGCAUUUGGCUCCAUGAUUUCAAUGGCUAGUUACAACAAGUUCAACAACAACAUUCUCAGGGAUGCUUUAAUUGUAUCAAUUACCAACUCGUUCACCAGUAUUCUGGCUGGCUUUGUGAUCUUCUCGGCCAUUGGCUACAUGGCUCACAUACAUAACCUCCCAGUGGACAACAUAGCUACAGAUGGUCCUGGUCUGGUGUUUGUUGUGUACCCUGAAGUCCUCUCCACCAUGCCUGUCUUUCAGCUGUGGGCUCCUCUGUUCUUCUUUAUGCUGCUGUGUCUGGGCCUUGACAGCCAGUUUGCCACAGUUGAGGUGGCUAUAACGUUCAUAAAAGAUGAGUUUGGCUGCCAAGUUCUGCAAUUCCUAAAGAGAGAAGAGCUGCUGGCCCUGGCUAUGUGCCUUGUUGGCUUCAUCCUGGGGAUUCCUCAUGUCACCAAGGGAGGUAUCUAUGUGUUUCAGCUGAUGGACCACUACACCGCUGUGGUCUCCCUCAUAUUCCUGGCUUUUUUUGAAGUUGUCGCUGUCUGCUGGAUUUUUGGUGUCCCACGUAUCUGCUUAAUGGUCAAGAGGAUGCAAGGGAAAGUUCCAAACAUCUACUUCCGUGUCUGUUGGUUGCUACUCUGUCCUCUGUUGGUGCUGUGUAUACUGAUCUCCAGCAUUGUCCAGUACACUCCUGCUCGCUAUGGGAACUACACAUACCCAGUGUGGGCUGAAAUGGUGGGCUGGUGUGUCUCACUGGUCUCCAUUGUGUGGAUCCCAAUUGGAGCCAUUCAAGAGAUCUAUGGCAAAAAAGGUUCACUUCUUCAGAGACUUAAAACAGCCAUGAUUUCCACAAUAGAUAUGGAUGCUGAGGAUCCCCUGCCGGAAAAACAAAACCUAGACAACUCGGCAUCUGAAGCCCUGUUUACUUCAGUGGCAUAACCAGGAAUACAACCAAAGCCAUGUCUGUGCGUCUCUGCUAAUUAAGGGUACUGUUAAGUGAUGGAGUCAACUUUAUUCACACUGAGACACACAAUUAUUCUAUUGUAAAAUGGUAAUUUUAUUUUAUUUGUUCUACUAGGACAGAUUCUUUACUGUAUCUUAAGCACACUGUACAUUUUUAAUACUUCAAAACAUCCUUUGCACCUGCUAACUAAACCAACUAAAGGUCUAUUUAAUUCAACUUAAUCACACAAAACUUAGGUAUGAGUGAGUGUGCGACCUGCCCUGACUAUGCACAUGUUCAUUCCAAUCAAAGCUCAAUAAUUUAUUUAUUUCUUCCCCUUUGUUUGAUUAUUCAGUGAAAAUGGCUGGUGUAUGCAGUGAUAUUUUCUCUCUUCUCUUUUGUAAUGUGUAUAUACGUGUGUAUCAUGCAUCUAUGUUAUAGGCUUUGAGAAGUUAAUUAACUAUUUAGCUUACAACAAGUAGACUCAGUCCUUAGGAGGUCUGUUUCCUUUAUGAAGCACAUCAUAAAGAGACUACAAAGGCCUGUCUCAUUUGAAAGUCCCUUCAGCUUGCAGUAGGGAAUUGCAGCCAUAUUUGGCCUAAAUGUUUGUGACCAAAACCAGAUUAUCUUUGUGGCCUUUAAACCCAUAAAACCUUGGGCUGUUCUUUUGUUUAAUGCAAUGUUCAAGCGAUCCUCAUCUACUUGUAAAGUUGAGGAACUUUGUACAUAACUUGCAAUAGCCUAUUAAAAAACAGUGCAAAAUAACAUUAAAUGUUAAAGGGAUAUAUCUGAAGUUACCCUUUAGCACUGUAUGCUAGUCUUGUGAAACAGAGCUAUCUCAACUCAAAUGGUUCAAAACUUGUCCUGGAUUUGUUUCUGUAUUUUAAUCUAAUAUGCCAUUCAAGGUACCAACUUAAAAAUGUUUGACUUUACGACUGAACUGUUUUAAUGCAACAUUAAUUUUGAUGUCUGAGUGGCUGAAUGGUCACAGUGUGGUAGGAGAGCAAGAUGAGAUGGGCUGUAAGUUUGGGCUUUCAGAGUAUCCAGCCCCUGAACUGGGACAUAGCCUGAAUAGAAGAGAGAUGCUUUUGGAGUUUGAAUAUAUUUUAAUUUUCCAAUGUCUUAACAUCCUUUUCAUUAAGUUAAAAACCUUGAACAAACAAACACAUGAAUAUCAUUUUUGUUCAAAUGGCAGAUAUAAUUGUUCUUUGUGCAAUUUAAUUGCAGAUUUUAAAAUGCCCCAUGAAGUUUUUUUUGUUUUUGUUUCUUCAAUGCAAAGCUUCAGAGAGAUUCACUUGCGACUGUCAGUCAGUUAGUGAGUGUGUGAUCCAGGCAGCAGGUUAAUGUUAUACAGAUGUGUACUGAGCUCAAAUAGGGGGUGAAUCAGUGCUGGGAUUUUGUUUUGUCUGAUCUCUACAGGUUAAGGAAUAAGGUUUUUUUUCAACAGUGCAUCUGACAUUAUUUCUAACUAUCUUGGAGCAGGCAACUCACAAGACGUUUAGAGAUUAUAAGUGGUGCCUUUGAUCUGCCUCCAUAAAGUUGUAUCGGGCUAAUGAGGGUAGAUAAUCUCGAGGAGAGCAACACUUAUCUGUUAAUCUGUUCACUCCCUUUUCAGUGCUCCAUAUUGUAUUGACUCAAAACCUGCAGUUAAUCACGGACUGACUCUAGUUUCACUAGUUUUAAGUAAUGUGUAUGGGGUGUUUUUUUAAUAAUUGAUGUCUUGAUGUCAAGGACAGGUUUAUAGUGAGAUUAUACUGAUCCAAAUUCUGUCUGACACUGGGAGAAAACGGCUCAGUCAGUUCAGUGUUGAAACUGUAAGCUUUGGGUUAAUAUAUUAUAUGGAUGAACAACCUUAACUGGAAAUGAGCAGGGGAGAUAUGUGUAAAUGGAAAAAGUCACUUUGAUGAGAAACUUUUUAAAUGUUGUGCCCUAGACUGGGUUCUUUGCCCUUUCUGUCUCCUUCUGUCUUUGUAGCCUAUUAACCAAGCCCUCAUUUUGGAGUGCCUUUAACUGAAUGUACUCAAAACUCUGAUGAUAAAUGCUCAAGACACCUGAACAUCAUUUUUAAAAUGGUUAAAAAAUCAAUGUCAUGUUUCUCAACAAUGAUGCUUGGAUCACAAUUUAAAUGUGAAAAUGCUGUCACUCCAGUUUUGUAUUUGUUUUUAAAUUUGUGCAAAAACAUUAACCUGUAGGUUGAAAAAGAAUCUGAGGCUUUAAAAGGGCAGUUUUUGAAAAUUUCACAAGAAAAACAUGUAACUUAAUGUUACAAGCCUAAUGUGCCUUUUAAUGUUUGAUGAUCUACAGUGAAUUAGACCAGUGGUUCUCAUCCUUUUUUGCGCCAUCUGAAAAGAUUUUUGUUUGACCAGAAUUCUACCAGAAUUCUAUUCAACUGUUGUGGAGGUGAAACCUGCAGUCAGAAUAGUACUUUCACUCAUACUGGACACACCUACAGUGAACUAAAUUGUAAAAAAUAAACUAUUCUCCAAUUUUUGGGGGACCCACUGAACAGUGGCAUUGUUAAGCCUCGCCUUCUUCAGCCCUGAAAAUUGUAUGCAUUGCCCCUGAUCUAAAUACAUAUAGGCUAAAUAUAUAUACUUAAAAAUAAAAUAAUUGAAAUAACAAAGAAAAGUGUCAGAUCUAAUGAUCUGUCAUUCUGUUUUGGUUAAAGCACUCAAAAAUAAUAUUUUGUCGAUCAAAAUCACAAUUUUAAUUAUUAUUGCAACUCUAGUCAAUACAUUUUUAAAAGAUAACAGUUUCUGUAGUACGUAGUCUAUUUCUAUUAGUAAUACUAAUUACUUAAAACCAUUAAUAUUUUUAGUGUCAUAAUUUAUCUCAAAAGUUAAAAAAAAAAAAAAAAAAAAGUUUUUAAGGGUAAAUAGGAUGCCAGAGUUAAUUAAAAAGCAUAAAAGCAAAGCUUAAUUUUCCAAUAAAUUUCCCCAUGUACCCCCAACACAGAUCCAGUCUAAGCCCACAAUGUCCUCAAAAUUUAGAAAUGCCCCGUCCCCUAGAACUCCCCAAAGGCCCCAGGGGCUCUCCGGACCCCUGGUUGAGAACCACUGAAUUAGUCAAUCAAAACUGGUAUUUGGGUAGUCGCAUAUAUGUUGUUGUUAUAAGAUGCCUUAUCUUACUUUAUGUCAUGAAUUAUGUCAGCUGUUUAAAUGUGCAAAAAUGAUUUAGAACCACCUUCACAACACUGUUUACACAUUUUAGUAAACUGACUUUUAAUAUGAACUAAUUACAGAUUGUUAUGGGCUGUUUAAAGAAUUGCAUUUUUAAAAUCAUCUUGUUUUUAAGUGUAAUAUGUCUGGAUUGUUUCAACAAAAGGUGUUGAGCAGCCAUGUGCCAUGAUGUGCUGACAGUCAGUUUUCAGCUAAACAUCACACCUGCAUAUUUCACUGAUUAGUUUCAGAUGAUCAUCUCAGUCAAUGGGUGCGUUUGCAUGCGCACUUAUAUUCUUUUAUUUUUCCGAAUAUGACAGUAUUCUGAGUUUGAUAUGGGUCAAUGUACACAACAUAUUCAAUUUGGACAUUCUGAAUUAGGUCCUUUUCCAAAUGAAGCAUUUUGCAAUUAAGACAUGCAGGAUAUCUUUCUAUCAUUCAGGUUUUGGGAGCAUUCUUUGGGCAUGUAUACAGCACAUUCAGAAUUUUUUCAACUGACAGUUUGUGACACACAGAGUUUGCCCAAUGAUGGUCAGCUCUGCAUAUCAUGGAUACAUUGUGCAACUCAGUAACAGUUUGCAAGGCUGUGUUGUAGCGAUACAUGCCCAAAUGCAAUGCCCACAUUUCUGGUUGGAAGGAGAAAACACACCCACUUUACACAUUCUGAAAGACUUGGAUAUUAACAGGUUUUUGAAUAUGGGCAAACAUCACAACACCAACCUUUUUACAACUGGUGGAAAAACAGCCGUUCCAUUUUUCUGUACUUUGACAUGAUAAAGUACAUGUCAUUGCACAUUAAUCAGGGUAUGCACGGCUGUACGUAACAGGAGUGCAAUGUUAAUUUUAAUUAGCCUUGUAAACAGCUUAGUAGGAAUAUUGUCUUUUAUGGGAUAAGGGGGAAAAAACGAAUAUUUUGCGCAUGUAAACGUAGUCAGUGAAGUCAGCUGCUGCAGUUUGUGGCUAAAUAAUAACUUCUAGAGUCUUUUUGCUCCAUGAAACAAGACUGCUCACCCCUUAAAAUAUCUUGUCAUAAUAUACAACAACAUUUAAAAUUUGUGGCUCAUUGCUGUUGUGUUGUUUGAAGUUUCAGGCUGUCGCUCUCAGUGACUAUAGUGAAAGUGUUUUCACAUUCACACAUUUCACACAGUGAAGUUGAUUAAACUUUGCAGAACAGAUGUGUAUUUGCAAAGCAAGAUUUUUUUUAUGCUAGACUCAAAUUUGUUUUUACAUUCUAUGUUUGUUAAACAAAAUCCUACAAAUCUCUAACAAAUUCAGUGUUGAUUUUUCAUGUUUAAAUUUUCUUACUGUUUUUUUCACAUUUCUACUGUGUUGCUGUGUUGAUUUGUGGUGUAUUAACAUUUUAUUGAAUAAACUGCCUUCAAUUUAAA